AUGGAGGAGAUGGCCUCUCGGAUUCACAACCUUGAAAACGCCCUGGUUCAGGCAACUAGCACGAACGGUGUCCCUGCUGAGUCUCAUUCCGGAGGUCGUGCCGAGGCAACGAUGGCUAAUUUGCCAUCGCCGCAACGAAGCCCAAAUCAUCCUCAUUACCUGAAUGAGGCAGGGGUUCUCGUGCAAAAGGGGACUUUGAGUCACUAUUUCAACGAUGUACUUCUGUCUAGAGCCUUGGCUGAGGAAGAAAGCAUCGCGUCGGUCGUGACGACACCACCAUCAGCGAUCGUGGAUGGGUCGACCUCACCUUUUAGUGCUUCGGGGAUUCUUUCCGCUCCAGCUUUCUCACUGGCCCCAGCGGACCUCCACCCGCCCAAACGAGUGGCUGUGAGGCUGUGGAACAUCUACGUGAACAAUGUGGAUGGUUGUACAGGGCUCAAGCUGUUACACCUUCCCACCGACGAGGUCAAGGUAUAUUCGACCAUUGAGCAACCCGUGGGUGCCCCAUUAGAUCAUCACGCCUUAUGCUUAGCUAUUUUCUAUGCCACGACGAUAACUCUCGACGAUGAAGAAGCACUUGAAGUUCUAGGACAGGAGAGAUAUACUCAACUGCUCAAAUUCAAGGUAGGACUGGAGCAAGCCUUCGCUCAAGGAGACUUUCUGGACCGUCCCACUUUGACCGGACUUCACGCACUGGCAAUCUAUUUGUCUGCAAUGCGUGUCCACAACCGUGGAAGCGGUAUCUGGGUUUUGAACGGGCUCGCUAUUCGUAUGGCAGAAUCCAUGGGACUUCAUCGUGAUGGAGGACAGCUCGCUCUUUCCCCGUUUCAAGCCGAGAUUCGACGCCGCUUGUGGUGGCACUUGAUCACUCGAGACAGUCGAGCGGGAGAGGACUAUGGCUUGGAAAGUACCAACAGUCUCUUGCUUACCUCUAAGGUUGCUGCUCCCCUCAACGUCGACGACGUCGACCUCUCGCCAGACAUGCUAGAGCUCCCCACUGCCAAGAAAGGCUGGACCGCAAUGACAUUCUCACUCAUCCACAUUGAAAUAGCCAAGGCAGGACAGAGACUAGCGGAGAUCAGUGCAUCGAGUCGCCUUUCAUCGCUCGAAAGUGAGAAUCAAAGAUCAAAGAUCAUCGGGGAGAUUCGGGGCCUGGUGGAGCAAAGGGUGCUGCUAUUUAAUGUAGUGGUGCCCCAACACCGGAUGGCAGUCUCUUGCGCACGUUGGUUGGUCCAAAAGCUCGACUUUAUCACACGACAGCAGUGGCUGAUGCUGAAACAUCCCGGGUCCCGUGAGUACCUUGCAACCGACGAAAAUCUUCUGGAAGCACUCGAGAUCUUGGAGCCCAGGUUCGCGGCGAUGACUGAAGAUGAGUUGCUGAAGCAAUUUGCGUGGGUGAGGAAAGUCUUCCCACAGUAUUAUGUCACGAUGUACAUUCUUUGGCAUCUUUGUGUCAAGCCCGAAGGGCCACAUGUCCCCAGGGCAUGGGAAACGGUGGACAUGGUCUUUUCAGGCGAGCUAUGGGAUGAGUACACCUCCGGCUUCGGAGCCAAGUCGGCCGUGCUGGCAGCUCUGAGAGUGAAAGCCGUUGCACUGAGAGAAAAAUUUCAAAAGAAGCGAUCCUCCAAUUUGAAUGAGAAGGCUGGCGGUGAUAAUGAGUCCAGCGUCAGAGAGCUGGAAGCCACCUCAUCCCUGGACGAAAUACAGACUGAUACGUUGCUUGGAGAUGUCUACGGGAGCGACUUCAACUUUGACAUUGGCAGCGACACAUGGCCAGACUGGGGUAUUUUAGCCCAAGAAUUUCAAGCUGACGGUCAGACCUUUGCUGCCAGCUUCUAG